AUGGCCCCCCACGCUGCUGGUGCUGCCGGUGAUGCGGCUCAGAAGGCCGUUGAAGGGACGCUGACCGUCGCCAACGUCGCUGCCAACAGGACCAGGUUCGCCCUUCCAAAGGGUGUCGCUGCGUUCUCCGACAGUAGCAUGUUCAAGAGUGCGGCAUCUGCAUCACAACCGAAAGCGAAGAGAUGGGACCGCUACCUUACCGAGGAGAGUAAAUUGCGAAAGCCGUCGACUUUGAAGCAAGUGGCUCUGUACAUGGGACCCAGUGUGAUUUCGCUUGGAGGUGGUUUGCCUUCCCAGGAAUACUUCCCCUUCCAUGAGAUCUCCGUCAAAGCUCCCAGCCCCAGCCAGUUUGCAGACCCGGCCCCUGCUAACCCCGAGUGCGUCUUCACUUCGACAAAGCACGAUGUGGCUGACGGAACGAGCGAUUUCGAUCUCGAGGUGGCUCUCAACUACGGCCAGUCAGUCGGAUAUGCAGCCCUCGUCCGAUGGAUCACCGAACAUGUUGAAAUCGUUCACAACCCUCCAUACGGCGAUUGGGACAUUACCAUGGCUCCCGGAAGCACGCAGGGAUGGGAUUUUGUUAUACGUAUGCUGUGCAAGCCCGGCGACAUGAUCCUGACGGAAGAAUACACUUUCUGCUCUGCCAUGGAGGGCGCCGCUGCACAGGGCAUCACUCCCUACCCCGUCAAAGUCGAUGCCGAAGGCCUCCUCGCUACGUCUUUGGACGAAAUUCUCACCAAUUGGGACCCGGCUGCGCACGGCGGUGCUCGCAAGCCAAUCGUCCUCUACACCGUCCCCUCCGGCCAGAAUCCAACGGGCGCCACACAGAGCGCCGAACGACGCAGGGAAGUCUACAAGGCCGCGCAGAAACACGACAUUAUCGUCGUCGAAGAUGAACCAUACUACUUCCUUCAGAUGGAACCCUACAUGGGGCUGAACACUCCAACCCCUCCCCCACCAGCAACUACAGAGGAGUUCCUCAAGACACUGAUCCCUUCAUACCUCAGCAUGGACACAGACGGGCGUGUUAUCAGGCUAGAUUCCUUCUCUAAGGUGCUCUCCCCUGGCUCUCGAGUCUCUUUCCUCGUUUCCUCCGCCCAGUUCACAGAACGCAUGAUCAGACAGGCAGAAACAUCCACCCAGGCACCCAGCGGAAUGGCUCAGAUCAUCCUGUACAAACUCCUAGACGAGUCAUGGGGCCAUGAGGGAUAUCUCAAGUGGCUCAUCCAUAUCCGGAUCGAGUACACAAAGCGCAGGAACUGCAUCAUGGAUGCCUGCGAGGAGUUCCUACCCAAGGCCGUGGCGUCCUGCAACCCUCCGACUGCAGGCAUGUUCAACUGGAUGCGAGUUGACUGGAAGAAACACCCUGCCUAUCAGCAAGGAAAGGACCACAAGGCUAUUGAAGAAAUGAUUUUCCUGGCUGCUGUCGAUGCUGGUGUCCUUGUUUCACGCGGAAGCUGGUUCUUGGCAGACCAGUCGGCUACCGAGGAGGACAUGUUCUUCAGGUCGACUUUCGCCGCUGCCCCGACAGAUAUGAUCAGGGAAGCCAUCAGACGGUUCGGCGAGGUCCUCAAGGCCCAGUUCAAUGUCCAGUAG